AUGAGUUUCCCUCCUCUUUCUCUGCGGUUUCUAUCUCCUGAUGAGAGUUGGAAUCUCUCACGACAGAAGAUAUUUCAAAGAGAAACCUGCCCUUCAGAACUCAUGGAGAUAGGAAAGCAAAUCGCACAAAAGUGGCAAGGACUACCACUUGCAAUCGCUGUGGUAGCGGGGAUUCUUAGAAAUGAAGAGAAGAGUCGAGAGCGGUGGAAACAGGUGGGGCAAACGUUAAAUUCGCAGAUGGCUAAGGAUCAAGAACUAUGGACUAAGACAAUAGCACUGAGUUAUAACCACUUACCUCCUCACUUGAAACCGUGCUUUCUCUACUUUGCAAUAUUUCCAGAGGAUUUGCAAAUUCUUGUAAGGAAGUUGAUUUGGUUAUGGGUUGCUGAGGGAUUCAUAAGAAAGACAGGUACAAAAAGCUUGGAGGAUGUAGCGGAGGAAUACCUGAUGGAUUUAAUCGGUAGAAAACUUGUGUUCGUUUCCAGAAGAGGACUCAUUUCUUCUGCGGAUAAAAAAAAGUACAGUACCCGCUCUAUUUUUCCCUUCCACUAUCGUGGGGAUUGGGAGCAAUUUUGUUGCGAACCUAAUUAUCGUUCCCCACCUUUCAAACUUCUGAGGGUGGUGCAUAUAUCCUAUUCGCCCCCAUGUAAGAUAGAACUAGUUCUGUUGAAGUACCUGGAUCUAUGUCUGCCUUGUAUGCUUGAUGAUUCAAGUCACCCAACUUUAAGUCAGCUAACUUCACUAUCCAAUCUUGUGAAUUUAGAAACCCUUAUUUUUUCUUUUCACUUCACUCUCCAAGUGGACGAGGAGUACCAUUUUAGUGACUGUGUUAUCUACUUACCCCAUAGUAUUAGGAAGUUGGUAAAAUUGAGGCAUGAGUUGAAGGUCUCUUCUAUGUACGCAAGUGAGCUGAAUCUUGGAAGAGCUAAGUUCCCGCCUAACCUUACCAAGUUAACUUUGAAGGGGACCCGUCUAAGUUCCGGUGUCAUGUCUACCCUCGCCAAGUUAGUUCCCAACCUCGAGGCUCUAAAGCUAUCACGUGCUUCCCUUGAAGGGCCUUGUUGGGAAGCAAGUGGGGUUUUCCCGAAACUCAAGUCCUUGAAAUUCCAAUCGCAUUAUAUUCAGCAGUGGGACGUUGCCUCCAGUGAUGACUUUCCAAGUCUAGAGCGUCUAGUGUUUGAACAAUGUCCUAACCUCAAAAAGAUCCCAUCUGAGAUAGGGGAUAUACUGACGCUGGAGAUGAUUGAGUUAGAUUGGUGCAACCCUUCUCUUGAUGCUUCUGCCAGAGAAAUUAAGAAAGAGCAAGAGAGUCAAAAGGAAACAAUGGCUUGCAAAUUAAGAUAA